AUGGGCAAGUAUAGGCAGGCAAGCAGGCAGGCAGGCGGGCAAUGGUGGCUCCCGCCAGGAGGUGCUCGAGUUUCAGAAUGGCAGCUAGCAGCAGGACAGGGUGCAACCCAAUCCGCCAUCCGCAGUGCGACCACACAGUCGAGAACACGGAGCGACGCUGGGGUCGCGGCCAAUCACUGCUGCAACAAGCGGCCUGUCGUCGACCUCAGCUUACCACACCCGCCAUGGCUGCAGGGGUGGGGGGAGCAGGGCGCGUCUCUACUCGGCAUGCAAGCAGUCUUUCAGCUUCAGACAUAUCCAUCUGAGUGCACGGCCAGAUGGGAGACGUCCAAGGCCUUGUCGCUGCCCGCUGCUCACUGGGUGCGAGCAAGAGCAACGGCUGUCAUGACAUGGAAUGGCUCGCCGCAUCCAUCCAAGUACCUACAGCGAGCGGGCGGCGCUAUUGAAUUUAAGCGCAUAUACCUGUGUGCAUGUGUGCUGGACUGGCCUGGCCUGGAUACUUGGAUCGUGGAUGUGUGA